GCCAGCAAAUAUCACUGUACUUCACGGGCAGACGUCAGAUUACAUUGGUAUCCACUGGCCGCCAGCGUACGACAACUCGCUUUGCCCUGGUUUCCGCCGAACGACGACAAUAACCACUGACUUCACUGGAUGCCAGCGAACACGCACGCGCGGUCCGCCGCCCGCCACUUUCCUGCAAUGCCUUCUUGCUUGAUUCUUGCCCAAUGCAUCCUACGUCUGGAAAUUUCUAGUUUAUCAAGGGAUAGCUAUCUGUGUUGUUGUUGCUGGAUUGUCGGAUUUACGAUGCCAGAAUUGUCUGGAUUUAUAGCGCGACUGCUACUGGACGACCAACCUACAGACGAAUACGAGGUUAAAAUGGAGAAUGGAACGGACAUAUCAUGUUUCAUUGCUAGCGAAGAAGGGAAGGUAUUUAGCAUAGAAAUUGCCAACGAGUCUGCGCAUGAACUAGUGGCAUUUGAGAUGUUUGUGGAUGGAACUAAAAUUGAUGCUUUCGUACUGGAAACUGGAAGCUGGAAAGUACGCGAUAAAGUCAAGACAUCACCUAAUAUUUGGAGGGCGUUGCGUUUCAGUAAACUCACUACCACCGAGGUUGAACCUGUACAGCCUUCAAGUGCUUCCGAUGUAACUUCCGUAGGCACCAUUAAGUUCCACGUGUGGCGCAUCGCACGAAUGAAAGAGAUGGGCCAGACCAGCUCAUGGGAAAGAAGCCUGCCCAACACACCAAUACCAGAGACAAAGAAGAGUGCUGUCUCUCAUCGAAUAUCCCUUGGUCCACCUACACCUAAACCUCGCGGCGUACGGAUGCUUGUGCGUCGCCUCGAUCCAGAGCGUGGACCUGUCGCACGAAUAGUCUUUCGAUAUAGACCUAAAGACCUAUUGCAAGCACAAGGAAUUGUACCCGCACUCCCUGGAAGACCCUCAGACAUCGCACCGCAAGGUAUGAAAAGAGCUGCAUCGGAAGAUCCUUUUCAAGACGAUAGCGAUAUCCGCAAAGCGAGGAAUAAUCGGCGGAGGACUAUGCCUGCAUCUGUUGAAGGCUUACCGCGGCUCUCUUCCGAUUCUGCUUCGAAUAGCAAAGCUCAAGAACACAGGAACUCAGGUGCUGAUGCUGAAGUGGUGCUUCUCCGAGAACAAAUGAAACAUAUGCAAGAUCGUCUAGACCUGUUGGAAAGCGAGCGAAGGAUCAAGAUGGAAAUGUCUUCACAACGUACGUGGAACGGUAUGAAGCUAGAGCCGCAAGCGACGCAAUCAUUCGUGAAGAAGGAAGGACGAUUGACCCAAGUUCGAUACGCUAUGAAGCGAGAACGUUCUCCGAUCCGUUUACCUUUUCCUUCUGGCGAGAUCAUCGACCUCACGGGCGACUGAAUGACAGAAGACUGCUCUCUUAUGCCCGAAUUUCUUAUCUUUAUACUCUGCCAUCUUUCACGUUUCACAGUUGUGGACACUAUAUUGAUUGUAUCCCUGGCAUGUAAUAUAGCGUAUACAUAUACCUCUGUAGACUGUUAUCCUUAGGAUCAUACUAAACAAAAGAACAUACGCGUCCAUCUUGUUGUGUACAUGCAAACGUUCACUGAAUCGGAAAUCGAUAAUCGGACAUGUCGAAUAUAGGUUCAUACUUUCC